UUAAAAGACGACCCAUAUGGACCUUUUCGCGAAGCUGCCGGAGGGAUGCAUCGCUGAAAUCGUUUCCUUCACUUCGCCGGCCGAUGCAUCGGCGCUUUCGGUCAUCUCCAAACGCUUCAAAUCCGCUACUGAAUCGGACACCGUUUGGAAGAAGUUUUUGCCGCCCGAUAUUGAUGAAAUCGUCUCAAAAUCAUCCAUUCCCUAUUAUUUAGCACCUACCAAGAAGGAUCUUUAUGCUUUCCUUUCUCAUUCUCACAUUCUCUUGGAUGGAGGCAAAUUGGUACGUUCAUCCUUAAAUAGUUAAUUAAACACCCUGUUUUUUUAAUCUCUGUAGCGUAUACUCCUUACAUACGAAUAAGGUUUCUUUCUCGACAAAAGUUCCGGGAAAAAGUGUUUCAUAGUUCCACCCUCAGAACUUGUUUUCCCCGCGAAGAAUUAUUCAGAUAUCCCGAUUAUGGUACAAGAGCUAAAAUUCUCCAGGUCUAUCGAUGUGGCUGUACUGAACUCAAUGGAUGGUAGCAUGUUUUACAUUUUUGGGAGAAUCAGCAGCGAAAAGCUAUCUGAAGAAACACACUACUCAUCCUAUUUGGUGUGCAAACGAUCACCGAAGCAUAGCUACCUCAACACCUCAUUCAGCGUAAGGUGUAGAUUUGUUGACAAUGAGGGUAGAGUUGUGGGUGUAAGUGAAGGUAAGGAGUUUCGAGUUCCCGUUUGUAGAGAUGACGGGUGGUUGGAGGUGGAAAUUGGGACUUUUUUUAACGCGGGAGGGAAUCACAACAAUGUCGAAUCUUGUGUGUCAAGUCUUAGUCUCCGGUUAGGACAAUCCCUCAUUGUGCGAGGGAUUGAAUUUCGGCCGAGCUGAAACUACUUUUGGAGGUAUGAGAGAUUGUAGAUUUUUUAAAGAAUUCUUGGAAUAAAAAUAGAACCUCUAGUUAGAGAACAAUAUCUAGCUAGUGAUGUGAAGCGAAAAAAAAGUAACUUUUCAUCUUGAUAUACAUAUUGACUAGACUAGUUUGCCCAUGAGUACAUAAACAUUCUAGCUUGACGGUUGGGUGUAUUUGUUAUCAAUUUGCCCAUGUGAAUGGCC